CUGCUUCUUCUCCUUCACAAACGCAGCCGCCGGUGAAUCAGAGCAGAGAGGACACGAGGACAGAGAGGACACGAGGACAGAGAGAGGGACACGGAGCGGCUGCUGAGACACACACAGGUGUGUGUGUAUGUGUGAUGGCGCGUGUGUGUGUGUGUGAUGAAUACUAAUAAGCGCCGCGCCGCGUCCUGCUGAGGCGCACCGCGGAGUCCGCGCGCACCGCGUCCGCUCCUGACGCACCGCGACACCGCGGCACCGGUUCUCCACUCCCGGUCCGGGACUUCUGUGAUCGAGUCCAAACAUGGGGAACAGCUUCUCCAACAUCUCCAGCUUCCAGUCCCUGCACAUCGUCAUGCUGGGUCUGGACUCGGCGGGGAAGACCACGGUUCUGUACCGGCUCAAGUUCAACGAAUUCGUCAACACGGUUCCGACGAUCGGCUUCAACACGGAGAAGAUCCGCCUGAGCAACGGCGCGGCCCGAGGCAUCAGCUGCCACUUCUGGGACGUGGGCGGUCAGGAGAAGCUGCGGCCGCUGUGGAAGUCCUACAGCCGCUGCACCGACGGCAUCAUCUACGUGGUGGACUCUGUGGACGUGGACCGGCUGGAGGAGGCCAGGACCGAGUUGCACAAGGUCACCAAGUUCGCGGAGAACCAGGGGACGCCGUUGCUGGUCAUCGCCAACAAACAGGACCUGCCCAAGUCUCUGCCGGUGCCGGACAUCGAGAAGCAGCUGGCCCUGCACGAGCUCGGCCCCGGCACCAGCUACCACGUCCAGCCGGCCUGCGCCAUCAUCGGGGAGGGGCUUCCUGAGGGCAUGGACAAGCUGCACGAGAUGAUCCUGCGGAGGAGGCGGUCCCUGAAGCAGAAGAAGAAGCAGCAGCAGCAGCAGCAGCAGCAGCAGCAGCAGCAGCGGUGACACGCGGGACCAGGAUUUAAACAGGCCGGCCUGUUUCACCUUUGACCUCCAGGGUCACCUUUAGGACACAAAGUGGCGUCUUUUUUUUUUUCCAUCUUUACAGACGUGACCGUGUUUUAACUGUCGCGCUCUUACAGGGACAGUCAGAGAGCGCCCCCUGCUGCUGAGGACCAGCCUCUACCAUCUCUGCGUCACAUGAUCACGUCUGUAUGUCACUGUG